GUGUGCGCUGUGUGCCGGCGUGUGCGCCGCGGAGUGAGCCCGGCCGCCGGGUGUGCGGGAGAGCGAGGGAGCGCGCCGACGCGCGGGCCGCCGCGGCCGAGCCCGGAGUGCGCGGCGCCCCCGCCCUCCCGGCCCGGCCAUGGCCCCAGCCCGGGGCCACCUGCCCCCCGCGCUCUGGGUCGUCACGGCCGCGGCGGCGGCGGCCACCUGCGUGUCCGCGGCGCGCGGUGAAGUGAAUUUGCUGGACACAUCGACCAUCCAUGGAGACUGGGGCUGGCUCACAUAUCCAGCACAUGGGUGGGACUCCAUCAACGAGGUGGACGAGUCCUUCCAGCCCAUCCACACGUACCAGGUUUGCAACGUCAUGAGCCCCAACCAGAACAACUGGCUGCGCACGAGCUGGGUGCCCCGGGACGGCGCGCGGCGCGUCUACGCCGAGAUCAAAUUCACGCUGCGCGACUGCAACAGCAUGCCGGGCGUGCUGGGCACCUGCAAGGAGACUUUCAACCUCUACUACCUGGAGUCGGACCGCGACCUGGGCGCCAGCACACAAGAAAGCCAGUUCCUCAAAAUCGACACCAUCGCGGCCGACGAGAGCUUCACAGGCGCCGACCUUGGCGUGCGGCGUCUCAAGCUCAACACCGAGGUGCGCGGCGUGGGGCCCCUCAGCAAGCGCGGCUUCUACCUGGCCUUCCAGGACAUCGGCGCCUGCCUCGCCAUCCUCUCUCUGCGCAUCUACUACAAGAAGUGCCCCGCCAUGGUGCGGAAUCUGGCCGCCUUCUCGGAGGCGGUGACGGGGGCCGACUCGUCCUCGCUGGUGGAGGUGCGGGGCCAGUGCGUGCGGCACUCGGAGGAGCGCGACACGCCCAAGAUGUACUGCAGCGCCGAGGGCGAGUGGCUGGUGCCCAUUGGCAAGUGCGUGUGCAGCGCUGGCUACGAGGAGCGGCGCGAUGCCUGUGUGGCCUGCGAGCUGGGCUUCUACAAGUCAGCCCCUGGGGACCAGCUGUGUGCCCGCUGCCCUCCCCACAGCCACUCUGCAGCCCCAGCCACCCAGGCCUGCCACUGUGACCUCAGCUACUACCGCGCGGCCCUGGAUCCCCCGUCCUCAGCCUGCACCCGGCCUCCCUCAGCACCAGUAAACCUGAUCUCUAGCGUGAAUGGGACAUCAGUGACUCUGGAGUGGGCUCCUCCUCUGGACCCAGGUGGCCGCAGUGACAUCACCUACAAUGCUGUGUGCCGCCGCUGCCCCUGGGCCCUGAGCCACUGCGAGGCGUGUGGGAGUGGCACCCGCUUUGUGCCCCAGCAGACGAGCUUGGUGCAGGCCAACCUGCUGGUGGCCAACCUGCUGGCACAUAUGAACUACUCCUUCUGGAUUGAGGCUGUCAACGGCGUGUCGGACCUGAGCCCCGAGCCCCGCCAGGCUGCUGUUGUCAACAUCACCACAAACCAGGCAGCCCCAUCCCAGGUGGUGGUGAUCCGGCAGGAGCGGGCAGGCCAGACCAGCGUGUCGUUGCUGUGGCAGGAGCCGGAGCAGCCCAACGGCAUCAUCUUGGAGUAUGAGAUCAAGUACUAUGAGAAGGACAAGGAAAUGCAGAGCUACUCCACGCUCAAGGCCGUCACCACCAGAGCCACCAUCUCUGGCCUCAAGCCGGGCACGCGCUACGUGUUCCAGGUCCGAGCCCGCACCUCGGCAGGCUGCGGCCGCUUCAGCCAGGCCAUGGAGGUGGAGACUGGGAAACCUCGGCCCCGCUAUGACACCCGGACCAUCGUCUGGAUCUGCCUAACCCUCAUCACGGGCCUAGUGGUGCUUCUGCUCCUGCUCAUCUGUAAGAAGAGACACUGUGGUUACAGCAAGGCCUUCCAGGACUCGGACGAGGAAAAGAUGCACUAUCAGAGUGGACAGGCACCCCCUCCUGUUUUUCUGCCCCUGCACCACCCCCCGGGAAAGCUCCCAGAACCCCAGUUCUAUGCAGAACCCCACAACUAUGAGGAGCCAGGCCGGGCAGGCCGCAAUUUCACCCGAGAGAUUGAGGCCUCCAGGAUCCACAUCGAAAAAAUCAUUGGCUCUGGAGAGUCUGGGGAAGUCUGCUAUGGGCGGCUGCGGGUGCCAGGGCAGCGGGAUGUGCCUGUGGCCAUCAAGGCCCUCAAGGCCGGCUACACGGAGAGACAGCGGCGGGACUUCCUGAGCGAGGCAUCCAUCAUGGGUCAGUUCGACCACCCUAAUAUCAUCCGCCUGGAGGGUGUCGUCACCCGUGGCCGCCUGGCCAUGAUCGUGACCGAGUACAUGGAGAACGGCUCUCUGGAUGCCUUCCUGAGGACCCACGAUGGGCAGUUCACCAUCACGCAGCUGGUGGGCAUGCUCAGGGGAGUGGGCGCCGGCAUGCGCUACCUCUCAGACCUGGGCUAUGUCCACCGGGACCUGGCCGCCCGGAACGUCCUGGUGGACAGCAACCUGGUCUGCAAAGUGUCUGACUUCGGGCUCUCACGGGUGCUGGAGGACGACCCCGAUGCUGCCUACACCACCACGGGAGGGAAGAUCCCCAUCCGCUGGACAGCCCCUGAGGCUAUUGCCUUCCGUACCUUCUCCUCGGCCAGCGAUGUGUGGAGUUUUGGCGUGGUCAUGUGGGAAGUGCUGGCCUAUGGGGAGCGGCCCUACUGGAACAUGACCAACAGAGAUGUCAUCAGCUCUGUAGAGGAGGGGUACCGCCUGCCUGCACCCAUGGGCUGCCCCCGCGCCCUGCACCAGCUCAUGCUUGACUGCUGGCACAAGGACCGGGCCCAGCGGCCUCGCUUCUCCCAGAUCAUCAGCGUCCUCGACGCACUGAUCCGCAGCCCUGAGACUCUCAGGGCCACAGCCACUGUCAGCAGGUGCCCACCCCCUGCUUUCGCCCGGAGCUGCUUUGACCUCCGAGGGGGCGGAGGCGGGGGCCUCACCGUGGGGGACUGGCUGGACUCUAUCCGCAUGGGCCGGUACCGAGACCACUUCGCUGCCGGUGGUUACUCCUCUCUGGGCAUGGUGCUGCGUAUGAACGCCCAGGACGUGCGGGCCCUGGGCAUCACCCUCAUGGGUCACCAGAAGAAGAUCCUGGGCAGCAUCCAGACCAUGCGGGCCCAGCUGACCAGCACCCAGGGGCCUCGCCGGCACCUCUGACUUGUGGCGGGCAGGGCCACCUCAGGAUCAGCCAGCUGUCAGAGGGCCUAGGCUCUGCCCCUCCUUGUUGGCUGCCCUCCUUGCAGGCACUAGGAAGGCUAAAGGCUCUAUCACAGGAUCUAGAGUCAGCAGGGGUCAGUGCCCAGCAUAGCCAGGACACCUGUGCCUCAGGGCAGAGGCCUUCUUUCCAGAGCCUGGGCCUCCAUGCCAUAGAGUCCAAAAGAGACUUCGUUUAUCUGCCUCGGUGUGUGCAUGCAUGUCUGUGUGUGAAUGUAUGUGUACGUGUGUGUGCUGUGGGGAGUGUAUUCAAUGGGGUCCUUGUGUGUGAUCACAUGUGUGUCCACACAGUUGGGUCUCAGGAUGAAUGUGCGAGGUGUGUGCUUAUCCGUCAAGGCUGGGGCACAUGUGCGUGACCGUGGAUGGUGUGUUAUGAAUGAGGAGGUGUGACUCAGAGUGAUGCGCCCAGGUCCCAACACCCACGGGGCCUGGGGAGAAGCUCACGCCAGCUGCCCCCUACACCUGGAGGCCAGAGCCAGGGUCCAUUUCUGAACCUCACCAGCACCAGGCCCACCCUUGUCUCUGCCUGGGUGAGCCCACCUUGGCUGUAUCUCAGGUCUAGGUCCUCCCUCUAGCCGGGGGGGCCACCUGCAGCCUCCACCCGGCUCCCAUCGCUGCUUCAACAGGAAAACAGGGUUCCUGGCCAGUCCUACUGGCCACCUUUCAUGUAGACUCACAGCAGAGCACACGAAAUGCCCUCAGCUGUCCUUGGCUGCCCGGCCAGGGUGAGGGCCCACAAGCUCCCCUCUUGUCUCUGCUACCUUCCCCCGAUGGCCCAGGCUUCAUCACUUGGAAGUCCCUUUGCCAACCUUGCACUGCCCAGCUCUGAGCCGCCCUGCCACCACGCCUAGGAUCAGGAACCAGAAGAUCCUGGUGUCUCAUCCACCCCUUCCUGUACCACAAGGGGAGACUGAGGCCUGAAAGGGAUGUACCGUGUCCUGGGUCACAUGGCAAGCAAAAGUCAGAGUUGGGGCCUCCUGCCUCCCAGCCCAGGCCUCCCCUCCCUGCACACCACCCGACACGGUGGCUGCUGCUGUGGGGACAGCCACCUGGAAAGCCCCACCCCCUCACAGACAGACCCUUCCCCUUACGGCCCACCAGGGUAUGUAAAUAUCUUCUUUUCUACCAUGUCAGAAUAUUUUCUCCUCACUCCUGACAAUGCAAAAAUGGUCUUCAAAGCACAUGAAAAGCACCAGGGUGAGACAGCCCCAUCCCGGGGCAGUCGGCAGGCAGGGUUCAAGGCACCCCCAGAGGGAGGGGCCGGCCCAGCUCCCAGCCCCAUCCAGCCCUCCCCACAGCCAGCACAGUGACCGCGGCACACCAGCACUGAGCCCCUCUCCCUCCUGCAAUAAUUCGGGGAGUCAGCCCUGUCCGGGUGCCGCGGCCAGCUCUCUACACCUCUCUCUAUGUUAUAUUUCUAUAUAGCCGAGCUGCUCUUCCUUCCUAUGGAAGUCGGAAACAUGGUCAGGACACGAUUUGGGGGGGGGCCUGUCUUCCUCCCCACCCUACACACUCUCACCCGGUUUCUGGGCUCUGGAUCCUCAUAGUCACGGGGGCACUGUGGCCCUGGCACUUACAAAAGUGUGGCCCUUGCCCCCAGUGUGGAGUCCCUCUUGGGGACUGCCUCUCUGUGGUCUCCAUCCUGAGUCUUGGACUUACCCACAAUGAGAAUAAAUUCUGCCUCAUCUUU